AUGCAGACACCCUUGGGUCUCGUGCUCUCAAACACAGACUGUGUUUCUUUCGGAAGAACUUCGAAAGCCGCGCUGUGUGUCUCCCCUCUCCCCGCAAGUGUGCUGAGCUCUGCGGAAACUGGUUGGAGUCAGCAUUAUGGGCACCUGCAUAGUACAGGCGCAGCUCUAUGGUGCUGCAAGGAGAGGCAAAUUGAAAGACAGGCAGAUGUGCGACGUGUUUUGUAUCACCUCAGAAGCAGAAUACAAAGUACCCAAAGAAGCGAGCGAAGUUCCCGGAGCUCUACAGGAAGGGCAACGCAGCAUACUUGUCACUUGCCAGACGCCGUUUUUUCACCCCAACGCUUCAUCAGUUUGCAUAAUAUUGCCGUUCGAUACUGGGAUGACGGCAGGCCUCGGCUCGCACUAAGGCAUGCACGGCUCGCUCUGGACAUGUUGAAGACCCAUGGGUUACCCUCUGGUUGUGUUGGGCAUUUAAUCAAAGCCAUGAGGGAGCUCCAGAGGCCGUAUGCCGGCGUCGAGCGUCAGAUACUCGCUGCAGUGAAAGCGAAGAACAGUUCUGUCCGGGCGCACGUCGACCUUGCACAGCUCUUCUUCUCGAAAAAGAUGCUCGGUUCCGCAGGUAGGUGA